AUGCUUCACGAAGUGGUGUCUGUACGAGUACCACCGAAGGGCCACACGCGACGAGCGGCGGCCACCGCACGGCCCUCUUCGUCCCAGGACAUCGCCUACUACCUGCGGGUCUUCCGCGACGAGCUGAAGCGCGACCCCACCACGGUGGAGUGUUUUGACCUCGCACAGGGGAAUUCGGAGCAUUCCCGGCAUUGGUUCUUCGGCGGCAAGGUGGUCAUCGACGAGGAGGAGAUGCCCUUGACCUUGUUCCAGUGGGUGAAACGGCCAUUGAAGGAACGAAUCAGUAACAGCGUCAUCGGCUUCCACGACAACAGCAGCGCCCUGCGAGGCUAUUCCCACACGAACUUCAUGCCCAGUGGCUCCGUUGCUCAGCCGGGAGCCUUCCAGGAGGUGGCCAGGGACUAUGACAUCACCUUAACGGUGGAGACCCACAACUUCCCCUGCGGCAUCGCGCCCUUUCCAGGCGCUGAGACCGGUGCCGGCGGCCGCAUUCGCGACGGCGAGAGCACCGGCAAGGGCUCCUUGGUGGUUGCAGCGGUGGCGGGCUAUGCCACUGGGAAUUUGCACAUCCCAGGCUACAAGAUGCCAUGGGAGUUCGAAGACUUCAAGUAUCCCUCCAACAUGGCGCCGCCAUUGCAAGUUCUCAUCGACUGCUCCAAUGGCGCCAGCGACUAUGGCAACAAGUUUGGCGAGCCGUUGAUCUGUGGCUGGACCAGGUCCUGUGGGAUGCGCAUGCCCAGCGGCGAGCGCUUCGAGUGGGUCAAGCCCAUCAUGCUGAGCGGAGGACUGGGUCAAAUGGACCAUGGUCACUUGGUGAAGGAAGAGCCUCAGGCUGGCCAGCUGGUGGUCAAGAUUGGCGGCCCGGCCUAUCGCAUCGGCGUGGGCGGUGGUGCUGCUUCCUCCAUGGUGGCCGGUGACAACCAGGAGGAGUUGGAUUUCAACGCGGUACAACGAGGAGAUGCAGAGAUGCAGCAGAAGGUGAACCGUGUGGUGAGGGCCUGUGUCGAGCUCGGGCCUAAGAAUCCGAUCCUCUCCAUCCACGACCAGGGAGCUGGAGGCUCUGGGAACGUGCUGAAGGAGAUCUCGGAGCCGGCAGGUGCCGUGAUUGACCUGCGAAAGAUGCACGUGGGCGACCCCUCCAUGUCCUUCCUGGAGCUUUGGACUGCGGAGUUUCAGGAGAACAAUGCCCUUCUCCUGGGCAAGGAGAGCGAGGCCCUCUUCGAUCAAAUCUGCAAGCGCGAGAAGGUCCCCUAUGCCGUGGUGGGCACCAUCACUGGUGAUGGCAAGGUGGUGGUGAAAGACUCCCGCGACAACAGCUGUCCGGUGGAUCUGCCCCUGGACAAGGUCUUGGGGAAGAUGCCGCAGAAGGUCUUCAAGAUGCAGCGCAUCUACAAACAGCUGCCCAAAGCACUGGAUCUUCCAGCUUCGUUGACGGUGCAGGUGGCACUGGAAACAGGCGUCCUGAGAUUGCUUUCGGUGUGCUCCAAACGCUUCCUGACGAACAAGGUGGACCGAUCUGUGACGGGGCAGAUUGCACAGCAGCAAUGCGUCGGGCCCCUGCAGACGCCCCUGGCGGACUUCGCCUGCAUUGCGCAGAGCCCGCUGAGCACCUCCGGAGGCGCUACGGCGAUUGGUGAGCAGCCUCUCAAGGGCCUGGCAGGAGAUCCCGAGAGCUGCGUCUCCAUGGCGCGUUUGGCUGUGGCCGAGGCACUCACCAACCUCGCGUGGAUCCGCAUUCCCACGUUGGAUUCGAUCAAGGCUUCAGGGAACUGGAUGUGGGCCGCGAAGCUGCCGGGCGAGGGGCCUAAGAUGUACGACAUUGCCGAGGCGUUGAGCCACAUCAUGGUGGACUUGGGCAUUGCCAUCGACGGUGGCAAGGAUUCCCUCUCUAUGGCCGCGCGCGUGCCACUGGGCAAUGGCCAGGUGGAGACCGCCAAGAGCCCCGGGCAGUUCGUCCUCACGGUCUAUGCACCGGUGCCUGAUGUGCGCAUCAAGGCGACGCCGGACCUGAAGACGGCGGGCGAGGGCGCCUUGCUCUUCGUGGACCUGGGCGCUGGACCGCAUCCAACCCAGUCAGGAAGGUUUGUGGAUGACUUGCCCGACUUGCCCGAAGCCACGCGGUUUUGGGGUGACUCGUCUGGAUUUUUCCACCGUGUUUUCACUUUGGUUCGAAAAGCGGACUACUUGACUUGCACCUUGGCCUACGACUGUGCCAACUUCCUUGCCUUUGCCCUUGGCAUCCUCCUUGAAGAGGAGCUGAUGGCUGCUGGUGGAGGCGAGGCAGAGAAGGGAGCGUGGUACCAGGUCCCGACCUGGGAUGGAAGUCCGUUGACUUGGAGGAGCUUCCGUAGGGAGAUGCGCUGGUGGGUGAGUUCCUUAGACCUUGCUGGAACGGCCCGCUACAACUUGGCAGCCCGCUGGUUGCUCAGGCAAACAGGAAUAGUCAGGCAGCGGGGUGAAGAAUUUGACCCUUCCGAAUUAGCAUACAAGCCAGCUGAAUCGUAUGAAGAUCCCACUUCAGGAGAGACCAUUGAAGUGACACCAGCUGACUACCUCUUUGGACUCAACAAACUUCUUUCUGCCUUAGAGUCCAUUAAUGGACAAUCGGCAUUGGACAAACGUGGGGAACUUCGAGCACAGUUCUACACUGACUUGAAACGUGCGCCGGGAGAACGCUUGUCUGAAUUUGCGACUCGUUUUCGAACACUUGCUGCCGAUUUGAAAGCUGAAGGUGUUGUGAUUCAAGAGGCCGAGCUUGGCUGGUUCUUCAAGGACAAGCUCGGUCUCGAUCCUCUGCGGAAGCAGCUGCUUGACACGGCCCUUCAAGGUCGUGAAGACUACAAUGUGAUCGAGGGUGAAACGGCGCAGGAAGCCGAUGACUGGGAAGUUCCUCCUGAGGAGGUGCUUGCCACUGUUGCGGAGGAGGAGGACGGCGGAGAAGAGCAGAAUUUGGAGGCGUUCAUUCAGUCAGAAGCCGAAGUGUUGGCCACGGAACUUCAUGAGGCGGAGGAGAGUGGCGUGAACCCUGAAGCGCUCGAAGAGCUAGAAUCAAGUUUCGAGCAAGCCGCUGAAGCCUUGGUCACUAUGCGUGAGGCCAAGACCAAGCUUCAGGAGCUUCGCAAAGAUCGUGGAUUUGGAAAGCCUGGCUCACAAGGUGGCGGCCGGUCGAACACCGGCGUUCCGGCAGCCCGAAAGGCAUCCGGCAAGCACCCAUGUUUUGACUGUGGGAUGCACGGUCACUGGGCCGGAGACAAGGAAUGCUCUAGACCUGGGGCCGGCAUUGGGCGCAAAGGCGCCGGCAAGUCUGGAGGAGGAAAAGUGCGACCAGUGCGAAUUGCAGAAGUUCUUCAAGCAGACCAUGUCCUUGCCGAAGACAAACAUUUGGUGGGAGCCUUGGAUUCCGCAUGCAAUCGCACAUGCAGCGGGCCUAGAUGGCUGGAAGGCUAUUUGAAGCAAGUCCGAGAAGGACCCACUUGGAUUCAUUCACUUGUUUCUCAUGUUGAAGAAGCAGAGCGCUUCAAGUUCGGCAAUGGCGGAUUAGCGCCUAGUUCGAAGCGCUGGCGUUUGCCUAUGUGUAUCGAGGGUCGAGUGCUUCUUGUUUGGGUGAGUGAGGUGCCGGUAGCCUCCUUGGGCCUUUUAUUAGGCCGGGACUUCUUGGAUGCUGUCGGAGCGAUCCUCGAUUUCUCCAAGCGGACCCUCCAGUGUGUCAACCUUUUUGCUGAUUCAGGCCGUACUCUGGAGCUUCGUCAGAUGGCCGCGGGGCACUUCAUGUUGGAGCUUUUGCCGGAUUCCUGGCCAAGGCUCGGACCUGGACGUUGGAGACGGAUCGGUCUGGAUGGUAUCGUCGAGCUUCAAUUGACUCCUCGUUCCUGGUUGGACCGCAAGAUUGCUGAGGGUUCCAUUUGUUUUGGAGAGAUUACCCAUGAACAUCUUUUGCUAGAAGGAAGCGUUAUCGACUUCGUGCAGAACUUAGUCAUCAAGGACUUCAGGAUGGCCCAGUUGACCUUUGCCCAACGGAUGGAGAACCAGGAGUUACAACCUCUGGACCCUCUCACUCCUCAGCUGCUUCGGACAUUCCAGGAGGUCAACACCAAGGCCAUCGUGCCGUACCGCUGGAACCGCUUCAUCUUGCGCGUACUCGAUCGAAGACAAUGGCACGCUCGAAGCUUGCUCAUCCAGUUCAACUCGCGGUCACACUUGCGGUACUUGCCUUUUCCCUACCCGUCGGUGAUCUCCGUGGAACAGUGGGUCUUGCAGGCCCAAUCCAUGGUGAAUAUGGGUGCCAUGAGUCGAAGGCAUCACGCCCUGGCCUUGGAGAUGGGGCGCUUUACGGCGACCAACCUCAUCGAACUCGGUCGUCUUCGCGAUCGUUGUGGCUGGAAGAUGGCGUUUGUGGAAGAUCCUCUGUUGGCUGGGUUCUUGGCGGCUCGCUCUCAAAAGGGUCAGUUGGCCCGGUUGAAGGCGGCAGCCUUGGAGGAAGCGAAGGCCAAAGUCGCAAAGGAGACGGCAGAGAUGGAUCGCGAGAUUUUGGCUCGCCAGUUGCUUGGUCCCAGGGGUGGCUUGCCUACCUUGCGGGCCGAUUUGGUUCGUUUGGCCUUGCUUCUCAAUCUGACGCCGUCUCCCAAAGAGACAGUGCCUCAACUUCAAGCUCGAAUCCGACCCCUUGUGGAGAUCCUGAAGAGCAAACCGGCUGUGAAGCAAUCCGAUGUUGGUCAGAAGAUACCGGCGGAUCCGCCUCGUCUGUCCACUCCGUCCUCAUGGUCAGCUGUGAGCUCCAUGAGCCCGCCGAGAGCACCAGAGCUUCGUCAACAAGACGGCUGUCCUUUCCCUCAGGAGCUUCAUCAAAUGGAACUUCGAGUGCAGCAGAUGAUGGAGGCUCAGGACUCCCGCUUCCAAGACAUGCUGAAGCAAGUGUUGAAGACAGUGGCGGAGGGACCUCACCUCUCGGCAGAGGUGGUCAAGGAUGACUUCAAGAUCUCCGGAAAAGUGAAGCCUGGCAUCCGACAGAUGAUCUCGCAGGCGUGGGAUCAGCAUCGACGUGAUCAGUUGGCUAUUUCUGUGGGAGCCGCUGAGGUCAAUGAGAUCUUCUUGGCUUCAUGGGACUAUGAGAUGAAGAAUGCCAUGAACGAGACCUUCGCCUUGGAGGUGCAGCUUCCUUCUCCUUUCGUCACCGAGAUUUACACAGACACUGAGCCAGUCGCCAAAGCGGCUCGUCGACAAGGUUUGUUGGCAGGUGACAGUCUCACCUUAAGCAGUGGUUGGGAUUUUCGUCUUGAACACCACCGGAAGAAGGGCAUUUUGAAGGUUAAGGAGACCAAACCCUACCUCGUUAUCCUUGCUUUUCCUUGCGGGCCAUGGUCUCAACUCCAAGCCUUGAAUCCUGCGCAUGACCUUCAGCGCAUGAGAGAAGAGGCAUUAAUUUUGGCGCAGUUCGCCAUUGAGGUGGCCCAACUUCAGCUGCGUGGCAAGCGCCACUAUCUGAUGGAGAAUCCACGCGGAUCUCUCGCUUGGAAGUUGGAAGUUCUUCAGACCUUCAUGCUCGAGACGGAUGCCUUGACCGUGACUGUGGAUAUGUGUCGCUUUGGUCUUCGUGCUCUUGACGGAGAACUGCAUCGUAAGGCCACUCAGCUUGUGACCUCUAUGCAAGCGCUUGUGUCCGCCUUUUUGGACAAACGAUGCACUGGAGACCAUCCUCAUACUCCUGUGAUGGGUGGAAGCAAAGUGAGUUCAGCUGCCGGGCACUACACGCCUGAGUUUGCGGAGUCUGUCGUUCAAGCGGCUUUGAAACAGCAUGAUUUUGAGACUUCGAUGUUGGUCCGUGCGGAUCUCAGUUCCUUUGAUGUCCUGGAGGUGGAACAUGAAGUGCUUGUCACUGGUGAACCAGGUCGAGAGGACGAUGAAGUCUCUGAUGCUUCUUUUGAGUUCUCCAAGGAGGACGAUGCUCUCGUGAUCCCGACGGCAGUCAAGAAUGCGGUCUACAGACUGCACGUGAAUACAAGCCAUCGCAGCAACCAUCGCCUAGCCAGAGCUCUUUUGAUAGCAGGCGCUCCAAGAGAGGCAGUGCUGGCAGCCAAGCGGCUGAAAUGUGCGGUGUGCGCUGAGCGCAAACUUCCUCGAGCACGACCUCCUGCCUCACUUCCUCCCCCUCGAGAUGUUGGACAACAAGUUCAUAUAGACUUGGUCAUGUUGGAAGACUCACUUCGCAACCCUUAUGUGGUGGCCCACGCCACAGACAAUGUGUCGAGGUUUCAGGCUGCGCAAGUCUUGGGAGACAAAAGCACCAAUUCAGUCAUCAGGUUCCUGACGGUGCAUUGGCUCCCACUGCUUGGUCGCCCCAGCACCAUCGUCGCUGAUCAAGGUCGAGAAUUUGUCAGUGCUGAAUUUGGUGAUUGGUGCGAUGCCCAGUCGAUUUACCUCUACCACAUUGGGGUUGGCGCCCCUUGGCAGAAUGGUAUCUGUGAGAGAUCGGGAGCGACGCUGAAAGCGCUGGUUGGUGCUACUGUUCAGUCUCAUGCCAUUAGCAACUUUGAAGAGAUGGAGAUUGCCCUAAGUGAGGCGGUGUCCGCCUACAACGCUGAUGUGAACGAGGCUGCCAUUGAUGAGGUGAUCCAGGCUGCAAAGAAGGAAGCCCCUGAGCUGAUUGCUGAUGACGUUCAUGAACAUGAUGAACCACCUGUUGACCAACCUGACGAUCCACUUCAGCGAGCCCUACAACCUUCCGAGAUUGUGGCUGCUUUGCAACCUCCCGCGUCAGUUGUGCCUUCUCUGAUUGGGAGAUCCUCUCCUCCUUCCUUGAGCAUGGAUGCACAGCAUGUUGAUGAUGCACCCAGUUCCGCCGCUCCUGGAACACCGGUGCCAAGCUUGAUCCUGCAGGCUUCCCAAGCUGGAACUACUUCUCCUGCCGGAGCUUCUUUGUCACGAACCUUGGAGAGGGCUCGAGCUUUGGAUGAGCAAUCCAUGGAGGCUGAGCGCGGUGUCACGCGACAAUUGGAAGAGUCAUCGCCUGCUGCCGGUACCAAGCGCCAAGCCGAUGAGAAUGCAGCUUUGCUGACUCAGCAUGUUGCCUUGCCGGCCUUUGAAGCAUUGGUCUUGACUCAUGGUGAGUUGCAGUCCUUGUCGGAAAGAAUGGAUGUGCACCCUCUUCUACGACUUCAGGCUCAAGCUGAUUUGGACCGCCGUGAAGGUAAUGUCCUCUCAGAGCCUGAGCAUGGUACUUGGGAUGGGCGUUGGGCUUUUCUUUGUGAACGGGAUUGGCACCUGUUGCGAGAGCUUGGCCUACAGCUGCCCAAUGGAGCCGCUUCUCAUGAUGCUCUCUCCGUUCAGGCCUCUCGGAAAGAAAAGAUUUGGUCCAAAAUGACUCCUGAAGAGCAGAAGCUUUGGGGAGAUGCCGCUAUGAGUGGUUGGAACGUCUAUGUGGACAACCAGGCGGAUGAUCCUUUGCUCCCGCAUCUCACCCAUUUGAGUGAGAAGAGAGGUUGGCAUGCCAUGAAUGGACUCGGUAUCCAAGUUGCAUUUAAUGCACGAUCGUACAGAACGCCUGAGCCCAGGUUCAGUCCGGAAGAGUUGCCACUCCGAUCAACCUUCGGACGUUUCUCCAAAGACGGUCAGAGUUUUUGGCAUCGUUUGGAAGGAGCUGUUGAGUUUACGAAGCUGUCGAACCAGCACCAGCUCAUUGACAUGACGGUGCCAAUUCUGAUUACCUUGUUCCAUCCACGCUCGAGCCUGUCAUUUCUGCCUACUCUUGAGCAAGAAAAGAAGAAAGAUGAAUGUCAAUGA